AUGCCAAGCCCACGUGUUAUGAAGACCCACCUUACGUACAGUACUACCCCUAGAAGUGCAGAUAAAGAUACUAUGUCUAAAUACAUUUACAUUGCUCGAAACCCGAAGGAUGUAGCAGUGUCAUAUUAUCAUUUCGCGGAGCAUUUGAAAGCGUUUGGCUUUGGUUUCAACGGAUCGUGGGAAUUUUUUGCCAAGUGUUUUAUUGAGGGAAAUGGUAAGUACUCAAAUCGUUAUAACCUGUACCACAGACGAAAUUAAACAUCUGGUUAAGCCCGUGCUGCGAGCCAGCCUUUCGUACCAGAAUUUGAGUCUGACUCGUCUGCAGUCGUCUUAGCUCGUAACGCGCACGGCGGGAGCAGAGAGCGCUUUCCUCCUUCUCAUCAUCACAUCCCGCGUGCCAGAGGUUGUGAGAGACGACUGGCGUCGAAUCAACCCUCUUCCAGGCUCUAAGACAGUAGGGAUGACGCAUAAGUGAAAGUUGUUUUCGUGUUCGUGCUUUCUCAGUUCGGCGGACCCGACUAUCUCUGAGCCUGGAACAGGCUGCAAUGAGUCAGGAUUUGAUAAUACGCCCCAUGAUUGGCCUGUUAAAAUAGCCAUUGUCGACAUGCCAAUCAGGUUGACGGCAAAUUCGCAAUGCACUUCUGGUAAUUCGUUGAGUCCGUAUAUGGGGUCAAGAACAAAGAUGAGAAGGAUCUCAGAGCUGCUUCCCUGGCGUUGCUUGCGGGGGAUAGAUUACAUAUGCUACGUAGGCUAUCAUAUCGUAGGAAAAGAACUUUCAUCGCACUGUAGACGGCAUUUGUUUUUUGUCACAGAAAUUAUACCUAAUUUAAGAACAUUAGAGACUAACUUUUUUAACGACGAAUACGGAAAUUCAGGGACCAGUAUAAGAUUCUGGGAAUCUGCCUUCCUACCUCUCCCUUAACUCCAAGAUUUUGCCCAAGUAAGAACUUAUUAUUAGCGUUGAGUUCAAUGAGGCGGGGAUGGGUCAGUUGUCUCCCAGAGUCUAAUACUAAUCAAAAAUAAUCCUAAAUGCAACUUUGCUAACUGUCUCUCUCAAACCCCGAAUCCAAUCCUUAACGUGAUCCUGAAAACCUGCUAGGAACUCUCUGUAUACACCUGUAGCUCCACCAUCCCUGGCCAGAGUGGGCCCUCAUUCAGUACGCUUUACUUGUUAUGACCACUUGGGCAUUUCUAUUGGUUUAAUAUGUCAUUAGCAUAGCGGGUUGCUGUCUACUGCAUGGCUUGAGGGUUUAUGGUUUUCACAUCAAAUGUUAAUAAAUUUGAUCCUGUUGCCUCUUUCCUAGAGUAAUUUCCGUUGAUUUCUCUCAUUUGAAAUUUAACGUCCUCUUCCUUGUUAACUUCCUCGGCUGGAAGGGAAUUUUACCUUUAAUUCGUCAAAAUAUAUGUCCCGCAAGCGUUUAUUCUAUAUUAUAGCUUGUAUCGAGAGAAAGUCAAAGGCCUCGUCCACACUAAUGCAUUUUCCUUUGAAAACGCAUACAUUUCUAUGCGUUAAGGCCUUCCGUCCACACUAAUACGCGGAGCGUUUACAUCGAAAACGCAUCGACUUGAAAAGGCUCUUGAAAGGUAAUCAAAACGAAAACGCAUACAUAUCGUAUCAGUGUAGACGGUUGAAAACGAUCGAAAACGCAUCAAAAUGAAAACGGUGACCGAAAAUAUCACAGGCGCGUAUGUUUGUAACAUGCGCGUAGAGUUUAACUUACGUCACAAAGUGCAGUUCUAUCGUUUUCGAACAUAUUACUGUGAACAGUCCAAAAAGCAUCAAAACGGUAAUGUACAGUAGGCGCGAAUCGAUCGAUUUUUUCGAUCGCAACGAAAACGCAUAGUUUGAAAACGCAUUAGUGUAAACGGGGCCAAAGUUUGUGUUUUGAUGUUUCAAUUUAGUUGGGUGGGACCUUUGGAAUGACCAUGUUCUUGACUGGUGGAACCAUAAAGAUGACCCUAAUGUCUUGUUUUUGAAGUAUGAAGACUUGCACAAGGUAAUUUUAUGUACCAGAGGAGUUCAGACGGCUUUUUAGCUCAAGGCACUAUUUGACAUCGGUUGGACAUAUGUGCUGCCAAGUUGUCAAAAUUUGACCUUUCCUAUUAAGUAAUUCCACACAUUCUAAACAAUUCUAGACCUUUCGUAAGUAAUUCCACACAUUCUAGAAAAUGUCUAGAUAUUUCCUAAGCAAUUCCACACAUUCUAGAAAAUGUAAAGCAAGGCAAUUAUAAUUGGCCUGAACACAUGGAAAGCUUAUUUCUAAGGCCACAAAUAACCGUUUUAAAAAUAAAGACGAUUGAGAUGUUGCACCACCAUAUAUGCUUUAUCAUAUUAGUAGAAAAACUCCUUAUUAUGCUGGCUGUGUUCUACAUGGUCUAAAAAUUAAAAUCUAAAACAGUGCAAUAACUUCUUCUAGGAUUUACCCUCUCAUGUUCGAAUGAUUGCUGAUUUUUUACACAAGCCCUUAUCAGAUGAACUCAUCAAUCGCAUUGCCGACCAGUGCACUCUCAGUGGGAUGAAGAAAAAUAUUACAAGUUACACAUUCCACCCAGAACAAAUUAACUCACCUCUGCUACGGAAGGGCUUGGUUGGGGAUUGGAAGAAUUACUUCACACCAGAGCUGAGUGAGAAAUUUGAAGAGCAAGUAUUGGCAAAACUGAAAUGCACUGGACUAGAGUUAGAUUUUGAGAUAUAAACUACACCUUUUGCUUUAUUCUUGUUUGAUUAGUAUCAGAUAAGUCAACGAAAGGGGAUCACCGAAUACUUUUGUUCCCCUAAGUUUGGUGGGUGCAGAGGUAGUAAAGGGGGCUCGUGCGGGAAAAUGUUGAAUUAAUGAAAAGCAAGCUAGUAAACAAAGUAAAAAAAAAAUCGGAGUGUCAUACAAUGCGGUAGUAUAUAGUUCACUAUCUAUUUCACGGUUAAUUAAAAUAACUCUAUGAACGGGAUAACGAAAUGAAUCC